GGGGGGGGCUGGGCCGACCGGGCCGGACACGCGACACCCGCCGCCCGCCGCCACCGGCCAGGACCGGCCAGGACCGGCCAGGACCGGCCAGGACCGGACGAGCAGCGAUGCACGGGACAGAGCGGGAGGGGACCGGGGCAGAGAGGAGCCCCACCGUCAUGGCCGAGCCCCAUCCCGAUCCUUCCCCGACCCCGGUGAAGUCUCCAGCAUUUGACCUCUUCAACCUGGUCCUGUCUUACAAGAGGCUGGAGAUCUACCUGGAGCCCGUCAGGGACGCGGGCGACGGCAUCCGCUAUUUACUCAGGUGGCAGGCCCCCUUGUGCUCACUGCUUACCUGUCUGGGACUCAACUUCCUGUUCCUCACUCUGAAUGAAGGCGCGUGGUUCUCUAUGGGGGCCCUGCUGAUCUCGGUGCCCGCCUUGCUGGGCUACCUACAGGAAACGUGCCGGGCCCGGCUGACCGAGCCCGAACUGGUGAGACGCAGGUACCACAGCGUGCGCCGGGAGGACCUGCAGAAAGUCCGGCUGUCACGGCCCGAGGCUGUGGCUGAGGUGAAGAGCUUCUUGAUCCAGCUGGAGGCCUUCAUGAGCCGCCUGUGCUGCAACUGCGAGGCGGCCUACCGGGUGCUCUACUGGGAGAAGCCCGUCGUGUCAUCGCAGUUCUAUGGGGUUCUCUUGGGCUCGGUCUGCGUGCUCUACCUGCUGCCCCUCUGCUGGGUCCUUACCCUUCUCAACAGCACCCUCUUUUUGGGCAACGGGGAGUUCUACAGAGUGGUAGGCGAGUACCGUGCUGCCCUCCGGCGACGGCUGAGCCCCAAGGUACUGGAGACCCCCCACGAGACUCCGGAACCCAAUGAUGGGGAGAGAGCAGCCCUGCCAGAACGCCCUCCCACCCCCACCGAGGAUCUCACCCCAGGCAGUGUGGAAGAGGCAGAGGAGGCGGAGCCAGAUGAAGAGUUUAAAGACGCGAUCGAGGAGACUCACCUGGUGGUGCUGGAGGAUGACGAGGGCUCCCCCUGCACCGUGGAGUACGACCUGGCCCUGAACGACAACGGCUUCAUGAGCAAGAACGAGGUGUUGCGCAGCCGGGUGUCCCGGCUCACCGAGCGGCUCCGCAAGCGUUACCCCACCAACAAUUUUGGGAACUGCACUGGCUGCUCCGCCACCUUCUCGGUGCUCAAGAAGAGGAGGAGCUGUAGUAACUGUGGCAAUAGCUUUUGUUCCCGAUGCUGCUCCUUCAAGGUCCCCAAGUCUUCCAUGGGAGCCACAGCCCCCGAUGCCCAGAGAGAGACGGUAUUUGUGUGCGCCUCGUGUAACCAGACUUUGAGCAAGUGAGAAGAGCCCAGGAGGCUUCUGUCGGUUCUGUAUCUCCUCGCCGCCGCCCUCUCCCCCCUAGACCCAAACCGGAGGCCAGAGGCUAGGUUCCCCCUCUCCUUCCCCUCCCCUAUCCCUUCUUGCCAGGUGGUGGACGGUAUAAGAAGGGCUUUUGGGUCUUCUCUCACCUGUCACCUGCCCCGAGGGGCAGGAAAUAGUUCCAAUUCCUACUUUUGUUUCCCCGCAAGGCUGAGGUGUCAGCACAGAUCCAAUCCCUUGGCUGAGAAGCCUCUGCCUUGCCGGGGACUUGAAUCCUCUUCUCAGUUCCGGCCUCUUGGACCAGAUCGGUGGGUCCUGAGGAAACGGGGCCUAGGGAGGAAUUGAAUUCACAGUUUUCUGAGCUCCUUCCUGGCUUUUGGAAGGGGACUCAUAACCCCUUCCUGGGCAGAGGGUAGCUGUGAGAUAGGCCCAGUCGCGGCUGCACGUCUGUUCUGGAUGGGGUCAGCCUCCAUCCUGGAACUCUGCUUCUUCCCAGGACCCACCGUGAUAGUGGUAGCUGGUGGGCAGCUGUGGCACCAGUUGGGAGGGUUGUGGGAGUCAGCGGGGCCUAUGUGGGAGGGGGAGAGGUUCUCUAGGAGAUUUUGGUAUGGAGCAGGUAGUGGUUCAAGCGCAGGGCGAGGCCAGGAAUGGAGCCGUUACCUACCGCAGCCCAUCUGAGGAGAAUGAAGUAGUGACAGCACCCGUGGUGGCCGGACAACUCACUCGGGGAAGAACGCGCCCCGUCCCCUGGAAAGACUCUAGAUUGUUCCCCGGGAUUGAUGGCAGACAUAGCCCUGUUCCUCAGCUCCUCUGAGCUUGGCCACCCAGUGCCACCCAGAAACCCCCGUCCCUUAAGGUCUGGAGGAUCCUGGCUUCACACUGUUGAGCGCAGGAGCCCCGACUCGAUUGGGUAGCCCAAGAACUCUGCUUGAUUCCUUGCAUUCGGUUGCUCCCCCAGCUCCGGCCCCAUGUCUUCCCCCUGCCGUGGCUCAGCGGGACAGGUGAGGGUCCUGGCUUCCCCUGCAGCACUGCCCCUCUGCUGAGUUGAGGUGAGGGCUCUCUGGCCCCCGCCCAGCUUACGCCCCGCCCCCCGGGAGGUCCCAGUGGGCCUGGGGAGAGUGGCCCUGAAGCCACACGGCCCCUUGGCUGGCUUCAUUCUGGGCAAGGCUUCCCCGAUCCCUUCCCUCCAUUCCUCCUCCUCCCCUUUUUCCUCAGGCAGGUCUCUGCCCUAGAGCUAUUUAUUUAUUUAUUACACUGGUCCGUGGGCCACGGACAACCGGGGCUGCUCCGGUUUCUCUGCCCUGGGCACGGUUGGCAGGCAGGAGGAGGGACGGGAAGUGCGUUGUCCAGAUGGAAUGGCCUAUUAGCGGUCAGCUGAGGGUCAGCUCUGGGUGCCUGCCCAAGUGCCAGCUCAGCCUCAGCGUCCCUCACCUCACCGGGCUGCCCGCCCGGUGGCACAAGGGCUCAGUCGCUCUCUGCUUUACACUGGAAAUGAACUAAAGUCUAGCUGGAAAUGUAUGUAUAUAUGGAAAAAUCACAAUAAAACGCCCUACCAACCAGCA